AUGGUUAAAUGCCUCUUGCUAUUUCUAGCUUUGUCUUGCCUAGCACAAGAUGCUACAUAUAAUCAAGAUUCAUCAUCUACAGAGGAAAUCUCUACUGACGAAGAACCUCAAAUUCCAACGGAAACUUCAGAAACACCUGACCUUGAUUUAGAAAUUUUAGAGGAUUCCGAUGCAGAAAAGCAUGAAUUCCAAGCAGAUGUUUCCAGAGUUAUGGAUAUAUUUAUUCACUCUCUCUAUACCCACAAAGAUAUCUUUCUCCGAGAAACUAUUUCAAAUGGCUCACCCCAUCAUUUAAAUUUUAUAACAAUUUUUAUAUAAUAAAACCCAAAAAAUAAGAAAAUUUGUUUUUUAAUGGGAAAGUCAGAUGCAUUGGAUAAAGUCAGGUAUCUUUCCAUUACUGAUGAUUCUGUAUUAGGAGAUAAAAAAGACCUGGAAAUUUAUAUUGAGUAUGAUAAAGAAGCUAGAACUGUAAGUGUGACUGAUACUGGGAUCGGAAUGACCAAGGAUGACUUAAUUAAGCAUCUAGGAACCAUCGCAAAGUCAGGAACUACACAGUUUGUCGAAGCAUUAUCAGCUGGCACAGAUAUAUAAAGCCCUAUAAUAAAUUUCAUAUAUCCAAAUAAGCUUUUAUUAGGGUUAAUUUACACUAAAGGUUAGUUUUGAGCAGUAUAAAUUUGAUAGGGCAAUUUGGUGUUGGUUUUUAUAGUAAUUUCUUAGUUGCUGAACAAAUUAUUGUUACCAGCAAACAUAAUGAUGAUAGUCAACACAUUUGGAUGUCAAGGGCAGGAAACACCUUCAGCGUUAUUGAAGACCCUCGUGGAAAUACACUUGGAAGAGGAACUAGAGUUACUAUUAAGCUUAAACAAGAUGCAUUAGAUUUUGUUGAUGAAGAAAUUUUAAGAAAAACUGUUAGAAAAUACUCUGAGUUCGUCCAAUAUCCUAUACUCUAUUAUAAAAUCAGAAAUUUAUAUAAGCAGCCAAUCCCUAUAAUUUAAAGAAAAUUAUUUUUUUUAAAAAAAAAAAUUUUAAUCUGUUUGAUAAGAAAUAUGUUAUUUAGAAAGAAUAAGAUUGCUAUGAAUAUAACCAAUAUAUAAUUUUCAUAUGAAUAUAAGAUUUUAUAUUACUAAAAAAACAUUAUGCUUUUUUAAAAUAGGCAUAUCUAUUUAAGAGUAAAAAAAGACGUUUCCAAAGAAGUCGAAGAUGAGGACUCUCAAGAUGAAGAAAAAUCAAAAAUUGUCAGGGAAAAAGUCUGGCAAUGGGAACGUGUUAACGAAAACAAGCCUAUUUGGCUUCGUGAAGAUGUAUCAGAUGAAGAAUACUCGAGCUUCUAUAAAAGCUUAACUAAAGAUUCCAAAGACCCAAUGUCUUGGAUUCAUUUUACAGCAGAAGGUGAAGUAGAAUUCCGAGCUUUACUUUAUAUUCCUCUCCUAAUUAAUAUUUUAUAAAAAAAAGCCGUUAAUUCUCCCUUAUUAAUCCAAUACAUAAUAUUCCAAAAAACUUCUAGCUCUGAUUUAUUAAGAAAUUAUUAUUCACAAGCAGCUCCAAUAAAACUCUACGUUAAAAGAGUUAUGAUUACUGAAGAUUUCCAAGAGCUCGUCCCACGGUAUCUUAGUUUUAUCCGUGGAGUUGUGGACUCUGAUGACCUACCUUUAAAUGUAGCCAGAGAAAAUAUUCAGCAUACAAAGAUUUUGAAACUUCUUAAUACUAAAAUUACACGCAAAAUUCUGCAAGAUCUGCAAGAAAUGGCUGAUGAAGGAGCUGAUGAGGACGGAUUUAAUGAAUAUAUGUGUGAAUAAUUAAUUGAUACUUUUUUAAGGAAAUCUGAUUGGAAAAUUCCUAUACAAAUUAUAGAGAAUAUAGAAUUUUUCAAAGAAUUCGGAAAACAUAUUAAACUUGGCCUUAUGGAAGAUGGGAAAAAUAAAGCCAGACUUUCUAAGCUUUUAAGGUUUUAUAGUACCUAUAACAUUAAUGAGCUCACUAGUCUUGAUGAUUAUAUUGGGAGAAUGAAAGAAGGCCAAGAAGAUAUCUUUUUCAUUGCAGGAGAUGAUAAAGCCAAGCUAUCCCAGUCCCCACUUAUACAGAAACUCAAAAAACUAGGCUAUGAAGUCUUAUGCCCUAAUAUGAUGAUUAAUAAGCUUAGCUGUUAUAAGCAAGAGAAUUCUUUUUUUAUCGAAAAAUUAUUAGAAAAUAAUGUUUGAAUAGUAUAAUUUUAGAUGACCCUAUUGAUGAAUAUGCAGUAAAUUCUUUACAUGAAUAUGAAAAAAUGCAUCUACAAAAUGUAGGGAUUGAUGAAUGGACUCUUCCAGAAGAAAACGAAGAAGAAGCAAGGAAAAAAGAAAAAAAGCUGAAAAAGUAUUAUUAUGUACUCACAGAUUGGCUUACCCCAUUAAUGAUAAACAAAACCUCACUAUUUUAAUAAAAUUUCCCCAUAGAUACCAUUUAAUAGCACCCCAAUAAUAUUGAGCAAAAAAAGUGUUCGCUAUUAAAUGAGGGAUUUAGAGGUUUGAUACCAAAUAAAGUAAACUCGGUUACCAUCAGCAGUAAGCUUGAUGAUGAGCCAAGCAUAGUAACUACAGGAGACACUGGACAGUCUGCAAAUAUGGAAAGAAUUAGCAAGCAUCAAGCAUUUGGUAAAAAAGAUCAAUCAGCGUAAGCUUUAUUUAGAUAUCCUUCAAACUACCAUAAAUUAAUCUCAUUUUGAACCUUUUUCUUAUCCUAAUAACGAAAUCAGCUAUUUUUUUUUAAAAAUUAUCAGUACUCAAUCUGCCAGAAAACUAUAUGAGCCAACGAAAAAAAUAUGGGAACUUAACCCAGCCCACCCAAUGGUCAAAAAAAUGAAUGAAUGGGCUAAUGUAAGAAAUAUUUAG